CUAUAACGUUACUGCAAUAAUACUAAACAUCAAAACCUUUACAAUUAACGCCAGUAAUGUUGUGCUACUUUUGCUUCACUUUAGUGAAUAAUAGCCACUGCUAAUACUUCCUUGCCUUAAACGUUACUUUCGUGAUAUUAAGAAUUAUUUACCUUACUUGUAGUUAAUAAUGUAUUUUCAGGAUACUUCCCAUGUGCGUCUUCGACGGAGACAUUUUUUUUUCAUGUGAAGACUAGUUCAAUUCAGCGGCGAUGGUAAUGGUUAGGAAAGCCUCCAGAAAUGCUGGGAUCUACACACAGACACACAAAUCCCGCAAAAGGACUCAUCAUCGGCCCCAGCCAACCAGAACCAUCAUGACCCGCAGCCAGUCUAACACCACCAGCGGUAGCUUCUUCCACAGGCUCCCGUCAGAGGUGUUUGACAUGAUCCUGGAUAAACUGUCUGAGGUGGAGAUCAGUGUGUUCAGCAUGGUGUCCAAGGAAAUCACUACAUUCAUUAUGAACUACAUCUCCACACUGGCCUGGAAGAAUAAAACGAUCAUUCAAAGCUUUCACCACUCCACCUGCCUUGAACAGAGAUCCAUUAUCGGACAUUACAGAGACCUGGGUUUGUUGUUCAAGAGAUGUACCCUGUUGCUACCAACAAAGGACAGGUUAAAGUUUAUCUUUAGCAAGUUUUCACAGAUUCCAUGCUUCCUGUUGGAACAGUGUUUGGCACCAGACUGCAUUGGCUUCUCCAGCUACGGAGUCUUCCUCCAGACACUGAUCGCAGGUUGGGAUGAGCUGGAGUGCCACAGAGUCUUCAACUUCCUUUGUGACUUCACAAAUCUGCUGCAAAAAAUAGAGGCCGUCAUCACUGGAAAACCAGGGGUGAGGUGGUACCAAAAGCUGCAGCUCCGUCUAUUCUGCCGUCAGGUUCUGUUGGACCCAUGGCCCAACCAGUCGGAAUGUCAGUUCUGGCUAAUGCAACUCCUGAAGCCUUGGCCCAUGGUCAGCCAGGCACACUUACUGUUCAUCCUCUAUGGACCUCUGCUGCCUGAGGGCUCCCUCGGUUGGCAGGAUCUGGUGGAGAGGGGGCUGCCUCACAGCGCUCUGUGGGACCUGGCCAGGGCCAUCCUUCUGCUUUUCGGCAAACUAGAAGUCCAAGGCCAGUGCACCAAUUCGCUGCUGUCAAUCUUGGAGGAGCUCAUUGUCAUUCCUCAGCCGUGGCAUGUGGAGAAUGUGGCUCGUCUGUUGGUGCUGUGUGGCAGCAGUCUCUGCUACACUGUUCUAGUCAGCAAGGCUGUCAAUAGACGACUUCUUGAGACAUGCAGACUCAUUGUGUACAUCAUACUGGUGUGUGAGAAAGACGGCUAUCACAUGUCCUGGGCAGUGAAAAUGGUGCAGCAGAUCUGCAAGGUCUUCACCACGGCUCCUGAAAGGUUCGGCUUCAUCCAACAACUGGAGAACAUGUUUUCCGAAGUCACCAGGGAGUUUUUUGAGUUUUCUGUAGCAGGGAACCAUCUUGACGACAGGGAGACUUUCCAGACCCUGUGUAUCCUCCUGGACUCCAGUGCUCGCUUCCACACUAAAUUCCUCCACAUGUUCCUCAAAUAGGAAUGAUGCAGAUUAAAAGUGACAACGGAGAGAAGGAAGAGUUGGGAAAGAAAAAAACGUAA